AUGUUUAAUUUUUUCAAUAACUUGGAGAUAGCAAAAAAUAAAAUUAUCAAUCACCUUCAUAAAGAACUAUUUGAAGAAAAAAAUAAAGAUGAAUCGUAUUUUAUUCAAGAAGAAAGAAAUAUGAAUUGUUGUAAGCAAACGUCAGUAGAUUUAUGUGUAUCAAGAGAAAAAAGUCCCUCAAAAGAAAAUCAUAUAAAUGAAGAGGAUAUAAUAUAUGACCAUAAUAAUAAUAAUAAUAAUAAUAAUAAUAAUAUAAUAGAUAGUAUAAAAAGAGAAGCACUUAUUCAAAGCGAUCCACUUGAAGAAGAAAAGAAAGACAUAAUAACUAACAUUUUAAUAAAAAAGAAUAAAAUAGAAAAAAAUAAACAAAAUGAUAUGAUACCUUUAAAUAAUGAUCAAAAUGUAUUUAUGCAUUUUGAAUGUAAUCAGAACGAUGCUUCAAAUGAAGAGAUAUAUUAUGAUAACAUGAAAAUAAGGACCCAGGAAAAAAUAUGUAAUAAUACUUUUGAAGAUUAUAAAAAUGAAGAGAAUGAUAAAUGUGUAUGUAAUAAUAAUAUAUAUUAUGAUAAUAAAAAAUAUGACAAUUUUCAUUUUAAUACUUCAAACUGUUAUACAAAUAAAAAUGAAUUUGCCUUAUUGGAAAAAAAACAAAAUUACGUUGAUUCUUUAUUAAUAUCAAAAAAUAAAAAAAAUUAUAUUAAAAAAAAAGAAAAUUUAAACGAUAACAUAUUAUCAUACUGUGUUAUAAAUAAAGAUGGAGAAAAUGAAAUGAACGGUUCGCUUUCUGAACCCAUCAUAGGUGUAAUAAAUAAUGAAGAAGAAAAAAAAGAGAAAAGUUCCCCCCAAUAUUAUAAUCAAAAUGAAAUAAAAAAAAUUAAUCAAAAAGAUGUAUCAGUAGAAACUGAAUUUUAUAUGAAUGAUUCUCUUUUAGAUAGUCUUGAAAAAGUAUUAAUAAAAAAUGUAAGUUUAAAUUUUGGAAAGGAAAAAUAUAUCAAUUUAUUUGAAGAUAUAGUGACCUCAACAAGAGAUGUAAGAAGAGGGGGUAAUGAGAAAAAAGAAAUGAACAUAAAGGAAAAGCACCUCUACAAUAAUAAAUAUAAUAAUAAUGAUCGUUGUUCAGAUGUUUGUGGGAAGGACAAAAAAAAAAAAAAUGAUGAAAUUAAAAAAAAAAAUGAUGAAAUAAAAAAAAAUGAUGAAAUAAAAAAAAAUGAUGAAAUAAAAAAAAAUGAUGAAAUAAAAAAAAAUGACGAAAUAAAAAAAAAUGACGAAAUAAACAGUGAUGUAGACAAAGUUGAAAAUCACAAUAAAAAUGAACAUAUAGAUAUGUUAGCAAAAUUACUUAUGAGUGAUAUGAAAAGCCUUUUUACAGAUACCAUUUACUGCUAUUCAGAUAUGAAUAAAAUAAAUAAUUUUAAUAAUAUGAUAGAUAAAUAUAUAGAAGAAAUAAAAACAUUAAAGAAAAAAGAAAAAAUGUUAAACGAUAUAAACGAAAGACAAACAUAUCAAUUACUACAACUAGCUGGACAAAUAUCACAUAUAAAAACUGAGCAAGAUAUUUCUCAUGAUAUAUUGAAUGAUGAUAUUAGAUUAAGUGAAAAAUAUGAAUAUAUGGAAAAAGAAAUUAAUAAAUUAGAAAAAGAAAAUCAAAAUCUACAAAAUCUUUUAAAAGACAAAAUGACAUAUAUGAAACAAAAUUUCCAAUUAAAAUGUUAUAUUCAAAAUAUGCAAGAAGAUAUAAAAAAUAAAAACUUCUUAUACACAAAAAUUAAUGAACAAAAACAUCAACUUGAAAACAAAUUAAUAAAAUAUUAUGAAUAUAUACAAAUUAUAAAGGAAGAUCUAUAUGGAUAUAAAAAAUUACUUUAUGAUAUAAAAAUAAAUGAAAACAACGUAGUCAAUAGAUUUAAAAUGUUUUUAAGAAAUCAUAAAAAUUGUUAUCAUGUGAAAUAUUAUAAACGUGGGAAGGGAAAUGACGCAUGGCAUAUGCAAGCAAAAAGAAAAAAAAAAAAAAAAAAAAAAAAAAAUAUGCAGAAUUGGAAAUUUAGUCAUUUAAAGGGGGAAAAUAUAAAAAGUGGAAAAUUAUUAAAAGAGAUAGAUAAUGAUAUGACACAUGAAAAUAAUGAUGAUAAUAUGCUACAUGAUAAUAAUAAUGAUGAUAAUAUGCUACAUGAUAAUAAUAAUAAUGAUGAUAAUAUGCUACAUAAUAAUAAUAAUGAUCAUACUAUUAAUGUGAUCCAUGAGAAAGCAUCAUCAAACCAUCUUGCAUUAUCAUGUAAGACCCAAAAAAAUACGACCAUUAAAAACAUAUCAAAUUAUAAUCUUACUAAUAAUUGUUUACAAGAAGAACUAAUAAACAAAAUUAAUUAUUAUAAGUAUCAAUUAGAUGAAUAUAAAUCUAUAUAUUUGAAAAAUAAAAAUAAUGCUCAUAGUCAAUUGAGGGAAACAAAAAAAUUACUUUCAUAUGAAAUUAAAAAAAAUAAAAUGAUUGAGAAAAAAUAUGAGCAUCUUUCAAAUAAAUUUCAAGACAUAUAUACUACAUUUAAUGACGAAAAACAGAAAAUUAUUAAUAAUAAUAAUAAAAAUGAUGAUAAUAAAAAUCCUUGUGAAAAGGAUGCUAUGCCAACACAAGAACUUUUGAAUGAAAUAAAUCUUCUAACGGAAGAAAUCAAAAAAUUUAAAGAAGACCAGAUAUUGUUACAACAAGAUGUAAAUAAUAAGAGUAAAAUUAUAUCUCAUUUAAUAAAAAAACACGCUCUCAGCGAGGAGCAUUUUAGGUUAGACAAAAGUUUCAACGUUUUUAACAACAAAUUGACUUAUGAUGAAAUGAAAAAAGUUAUGGAAGAGUUUUUUUUUUUUUUUUUUUGUACAAAUCUACAAUUUUGUGGUAUCAAUUAA